GACUCCAGCCAGCGCAACUACCGCUCAUCUCCAGGAUCUGGGCCUUUGCACGCAAGUGUCACAUGCGGCUGGGAACCUGACCCCCGAGCUCCCCCACAACACGUAACCUCGGAUGUGAAUGGCUUGGUGACGGCGUCGCGAGGUCUCUCUUUGGUGACGACUUGGGACAGCGUGGGACGACGCAGGCCUUGUCCACAUUUUGCCCCAAGCCUGCCCAGCAUGAUGAGUUCCUCGCGCGAUCCCACGGCGCGCCUUCGUGCCGGGUUGAACCCUCUUCUCACGGGAUCGCUGGGCGGAUUUCAUGGCCACAACUCCAACAACACGCCGGUCUCGGCCUUGUCAGUGAGUUCUCACGGUGCCUUCCCGCCCGGCCAGACCCCCCUGAGCGCCAUUCAGCCAUACAACCCGCAAGAAUGGGUAGCCUCGCCAAGUGUCGGCCCGGCUCCCGAUCGCAUCCAGCACGCCCAGGCUGCUCAGUCUUUUCAGGACCCUCAGACGUCGCCGCUCCCGCCUCCGCCGUACUCUCCUCCCCGUAGCGGACACCCUGCGAGUACGACAUUCGAUCAGCCGCAAGCGGCCAACAUAUCUGUCGCCAGAGCCCCGCCGCCACCGCCGCCACCGCCGCCGGCGGUACAGAGGGUUGCGACGGAGCCGCCCGCCGCCAACACGUCUUUCCCUCCACCUCCGGGAGCAAGGGGUGCCUCGCGCGAGAGACGGUUUGGGCUGCCAUCUCUGGGGAGAAGGCGUGAGGUGGGACAAACAAGUCCGUCUCCGGAGCAACAACACAACAGGUCCUUCAGUAUCAAUUUGAUGUCGCGUUGCAACUCCGGCCACCCGGGGCCGCUGACCGUUCAGAUACCGCAACAACGGACCGACCAAGAGUCUGUUCAGAAUACGGCGCCGGCAGCACGUCGAGCGGCGUCGACCCCGGCUGUGUCCACGCCAACCUCGGCACGGUCGCGGUCCUCCUCGCAAGUAAGGUGGGACCCUUCUAUGCCCGUACCGCCGCCACCUCCGGGCCCGCCGCCGUCAGCAGUAAGAUCCCAAAGCGCGCAGCGGACGCAGUCCGGAAGUGAUCCCAUCGUCUCACCGCCGACACGACGACCUCCUCCCAGCGGCGUCGCUGCUCUGGGACCGGUUCCGCCCACCCCAGCAAACUGGAGGGAUGGAGACAAUAUGCCGGGUCCCCCCGCGUCUACCCCAGAGCCGCCGACCGCUGCAACAACGGUUCCUGCUUCCGAGACUCUAAGCACGGAGAACGGCGCAGCCGCCAGUUUACCCGAACCCGGCGUUUCCACGGCGAGCCCAACGGGGGGCCUGACCAGGAGCCCUGCCGUAAGGGGUGGCGAAAGGGCACAGACAUUGCUCGAGCGGAGGAGCGAGAGCAGAACACGAGGGGUUGCUCGCGGCUCAGUCGACCCGUCCGCGCGACCCCAGCCUCUCUCCGAUAUUGUGAUUCCAAGCCCAUCUGCCGGGGGGCUACAGAGACGACUGACCAUCAACCGGGGGACGCCGCGGUCGGCGAGGACAUGCGACGCUCCCAGGACGGGCGAGCCGCAUGACCCUGGCCAGGAAUCGCGAACGCCACGGGCUGAUGGGUCAGCACAGAUUCUGUCGGGACAGGUAACACCCACGAUGCUGUCCCCCAGCGCCGGGAAGCAGCCUGAGCGCCAAGUCCUGGCGCCAAAAGCCCUCCCAACCCCCCCGACCGGGAGUCGAUCAUCUUCAUCACAUCGAGGCAUGGGCGUGGAUCCUUUGAGUGCGCCAAAUACUCCUUUACCACCGUUAACUAAACAGGCCGUCAUUACGCAGACGACCGACCAGUUCGCUCGGGGAGCCAUCGAGCGUUUCACGGCCUUCGCCCGGAACGAGGCGGCGGCGGCCGACGAUGCCGAACGGGUCAGGCUGUUUGCCGAAUUUUUUGUGAGCGAGUCGAGGAUACGACGGGAACGGUACGGGGCGGCCAUCAGCGCCAUGGGGUCCGAGAUUCUCGAUCUGACGCGCGAUCUGUUCCGGCCGAUGGCUGCCAGACGGGAGUCGAGCAACUCGAUAACCAGCGAAACCGUGGAACUGACACCGCAGUCUUCGGAGCCGAGAUCGCAUCGCGGGUCCAUCGGGUCUGCCUUGGGCGGGAACACGCCGACAUCCAGCCAAACACCGGCGCCCCCGUCGCCCGCGACGCCUGCCAACCAAAACUGGCAGUCAUCCGGCUACAUGCCCUCGCUAUCGCCGAUCCUGAGCAUGAGUGUCAGCGACGCGCUCGAUGAGGAGGACUCUCGCGGGCGGCCAGCCAGUCGCUGGUGGGAGUCCGACUCGACCGGUGCGCCCGGGGGCCGGCUUGAGAGGUCCAAGAGGGAAUCAAAGUACAUGGGUGUUCCUAAGGAGGCACGAGAGGCGCUGCAGUGGAUCGAUGACACGCACCCUUCGCCCGGCGACGGGUCGGGCAAGCGCGAUUCUUUCCCGCCGGAAAAGACCGGAUGGCAUGACCAAGACCCGGCGGCUCCGCCGCAGAACUUCUCCCGCAGCUCGCUCGCCUCCUCGUCAGCGCCGGCCACCCCAAACCCGGACCACCUGGAUGUCUCUCGGCUUGUGACGCUGCCGCCCCCUUACCCACGCCACCACCCCGCCGUGAACAAUAACCACCCCGAGCUGGCGCAGACCCGCGCCGAAGUCCGCGCAAUCAGCGACAUGAAGGAGAUCGAGGUGAUCAAGGACGCAUUCGAGCAAGACAGCGCAAAGAUGCGGGCAGAAGCCGCCGAGGCGACCAAGAAGCGCCGGCAAGCUCUCCGCCAGCAUCUCCAGGAGCAAGUUUCUUCGGGCACCAUCGGGUACGCGGAAGCGGCGGCUAUCGAAGCCGAGGCCAAGACGGAGGAGCAUAACCAGGUCAGGGAGCUCGAGAGGAAAGACUUCGACUCCUUCCAGACGGCCGUUGUCAUGCCGGUCAACGAGAUCCUCCAGACGCGCAUCAACGCGGCGACCAACCUCUUCCAGUCCCUCCGCAGCCGACUCUUUGACGAAACCCACGAGUCCAACCCCAACCUCCCUCAGGAGGAAGGUGACGAGCAGCCGGAGCUUCUCGAGAAGCUCACGCUCCUCAAGUGGAUCUUCGAGGCACGCGAAUCCCUCCACCGCAGCCUGUACGACCUCCUCUCGGACCGCAACGACCGCUACCGCGACAUGGUGCUGGUGCCGUACCGGCUGGAGGGACAAAACGACAAGGUGGCGUCGGCCGAGGCCUUCUUCGCCGAGGACGCGGCCAAGCGCGCGCUGGCGUUCGCCGAGGAGGCGCUGCGCCGGACCCAGGAGUUCCGCGACGUGGUCGAGGAGACGGUCGUGCGCGGGGUCGAGGUGCAGCUCAACGCCUUCUGGGACAUCGCGCCGCCGCUCAAGCGGCUGCUCGACAAGAUCCCGGCCGACGGCGCCGACCUCGAGGGCUUCCACAUCCAGAUCCCCGCCGCCGAGUUCGCCGAGAACCCGAGCUACCACGAGCACCCGCUGCAGUACCUCUACAGCCUGCUGCUGCACGCCGAGAAGAGCACGUACCAGUUCAUCGAGAGCCAGACGAACCUGCUCUGCCUGCUGCACGAGGUCAAGGAGGCCUGCGUCACGGCCAAGGCCAAGGUGAUGGAGCUCGACGGCAGGGACCCGGCCCGGGUGGAGGAGACGAAGGCGGAGGAGACCAGGCGGCUGACGGACGACCUGAAGGAGAAGGUCCGGGUGGUGCAGGACCAGUGGAACAGCGCGCUGGGGGAGACGGUCGGGAUUGUGAAGGAGGGGGUCGGCGGGUACCUGCUGGAGACGGGCGGUUGGGAUGAGAGCUUUGAGGAAGGGGGCGUUGGUGGCGUUUGAGACUCCUUUUCUCUCUCUCUCUCUCUCUCUCUCUUUCUCUCUCUCUCAUGACACACCGGGCUGCCCUGGCGUUUUCCACGGCUUCGCCCCCAGUUAGGGUGAUUUGCUGAUGGCGGUUCUGAUACCCCGUUUUGCCGUCUAUAUCUCUUGUUUCUACUUUCUUUCUCUUCUCAGUGCACUAUCUGAAGAAGAACGAGGCUACGAUGUAUAUGAACUGAAUAAUAUUGAGACGGAGAUGAGUCAACGGAUGGAGGAGAGGACGAUUCACGGACUUGUAUCUUC